GAAAAAGUAAACAAAAUAGUUGAGAAGAAGAUGUAACAAGAGACCGUUUCCUCGCUGCAGUGUUAUGAAGAAGUUGCUAGUCGUCGGUUUUAUGAACGACAAAAUCUAACUGGACUGAGUUUGUGACACGCCUCAGAAAUUCGACAAUCUCCGGGUUCGACAACGGGCUUCAUUUAUGGAUAUCUUGUUAGCUAGCUGCUAGCUAACUUUAGCUAAACGGCUAAUCUCGUUGCGCCCACAGUUAGGAGGUGAAUUUGCUACAGAUGCCUCAAGAGGGAGAGCAGUCUCUUCCCCUUGUCCGCUCCCUGAACACCCAAAUACAAAUCAAUGCUGUCUUCUGUAACCGUACUCCCCGAGUGGUGCGACCACUGUGGAUAGAUUACCGCGGGGAACCUCAGCCGUACCAUGACAUACAGCCAGGCACGGGACGGAGAAUGAACACAUUCGUCGGUCACCCGUGGAUGUUCAGGGAUGCAGAGACUGAUGAGCCACUUAAGGUGAACAGCAAAGAGCUGUUUCUUCCUAAACCAACAGAGGGUGGAAAUGCUACAUUUGCUAAUAUCACUUUACCAGUUUACAGCCUCAAGGAUCGUGCUCUUCAGGUUAUUCGACGUCUUGUGCGACCAGAAGACUACAGGAGGUUGGAAAUAGCACGGUGUCUCCAUGAGGAGCUGGAAGAUCAGCCCAGUGUGCUGAAAGAUCUGCACCGCAUGAACCAGCGAGUAGAGCAGCAUCUGCUGGAGAGGAUCCAAGGCCAGGAGGAAUGACAUGACAUGAAACUGCAUGGACGUUGAUCACUUUUGGACAGCAUUACUGUACUGCGCACUAUCAAAAAGACAAGACAUACUGAAAAAGAAGAUAAAAUGUAUCAAGGUAAUUCUUGGAUGUGUCAGCGGCUGUUGCACCAGACGUCGCCAGAGAUCUUACAUUUGCUGCAAAUUAGACUUGGUUUGAUCCGCUACCUGUUUAUCACUUUCCCUCACUGGCUUUAGCAAAUGUCUUUCUAAGUAGAUAAAAAUUAUGUAGCUUUUUCCUUUCAAUAAGUGGAGUUUUUAUAUAAUGUGAUGACAGUAUCUUCUAUGGAAAAGUACUGUUUACACUCUAAAAUGUUAUCUAAGGAUUUUGAUGUUUAUUCUUCAAAGGCCACUUGGGAAAUGGAGAAAUUUUAGCCUUUAAUACUUACUUAAUUAUGUUACGCUCUUCUUUAUUCUGCAAAAUACAGUCAUACAUUAACUCCCAAAAAAAUCCCAUUAGAUCUGUUGCACGAGACAGAACUCAUAAGAAUAUUUUUUGUCAUGGAAUCAGUGUUGUAGUUGAAUUUCUGUCCAAUUUACAAUAUCACAAUUUAUAGAGGAAACUAAAGUGUAUAGUUACAUUCGACUGGAGUUCCAGGGAGAUAUAUGUUGUUAAUAUUAUUAUGGAGAAUGACUGAUAGUGCCAGUUUAAUGAAAAACAUCUUGCUUUGUUAUACUAGCUAUUAAACCCAGCAGAAACUGAAUUGUUGAGCAAUCAUCUUUGUUCUUCAGCUUUAGCACUUUAUAUCUGGAAAUCUGUUGAGUGACUAUAGGUGCAUUUUCCAAGUUAGCCUAUUCUGGUAAAUGCAGACUUUUUGUCAGAAUAUACCAACGACUACAAAUGGGCAGGGUCUCUUCUAAAGAUUUGUCUUGCUGCUAAUUUGCCAUGGGUAGAACAAAGUUAUAAAUUGACUUUACGGUUUUUAAGAUUAGGCUGUGAAACACUGUGACUGAGGAGAUUUACUUUUAUUUUUGCCUACUUCAUUGUUCUUUUCCUCUUUUGUUCUUCUGUGACCUUGUUUUAAAUUCAUACCUUCAUUCAUACCUAUAUCUCAAAGAUUUUCAUUGUUUAUUUGUGUACAAAAUAAAUGAAAGAUAUAUUUCUUACUGG